UAUUCCCUCCUUCUCCAAAAAAUGGCGAUCUUCAAUCAUUGCCGCCUUUGUUAGGUAAUUUUCUCAACAAUUCUUUCUAGUUCUCCGGUGAUUUCAGCAGUUACUUGACGAAUUUUGUAACAGGAUUUCUUUCAGUGUAUGUGAUAAUCGCUCUAGCUUAUUACCGCGAGUUUUCAAUCCUUCGCAAUCGACCAAUGUUUGUCUGAAAGGCGUGCUCCUAGUCGCUGUCACCCACUCAGGACAUCGGUUUUCGACACUCCACCCGGCUUCUCCAAUUCCGAUCGUCUAGGGCCUGAUUUUGGACGUUCCCGCAAUAUCUUCCCAAGAUGGAUAUCUUCCUGGAUCUCGAUCAUUUCAAAUUAUUUUCUAACUAGCCGCACUAGCCGAGUCAGCAACCUGCCUCUACGGUUUGGGUCUCAAUGGCCUUGUGUGUGAUGUCGCCUCUCUCUACUUUUGAUCGCCAUUCGAUUUAGGCAGUGAAUGGAUUCUCUAAUCGAGAAUGAGUGCAUUUGUAGAAGGAUGGAGCAUCUCUCAAACUUUAGGAGAAGGUGCAUAUGGCGAGGUAAAGCUGUUGGUAAAUCGCGUCACAGGACAUGCUGUGGCGAUGAAAGUAAUCGACUGCAAGAAGCAUAAGGAGGCGCAGGAACUAGCACACAAAGAAGCUGUGGUUCAUGCUAUGGUGAACCAUCCCCACAUAAUCAAAUUCUUCGGCCAAAGAAGGGACAAAGAUACAAUAUAUAUUUUUUUAGAAUAUGCUGCAGGAGGGGAACUUUUUGAUAAAAUCGAACCGGACAUUGGGAUGCCGCAUAAAGAAGCUCACAAAUAUUUCAAACAGUUACUUGCUGGAGUGGAAUAUCUUCACAGCAAAGGCAUCGCUCACAGAGACUUAAAACCGGAAAACCUCCUUCUAGAUAUUCAGGACAACUUAAAGAUAUCUGAUUUCGGACUUGCGACUGUCUUCAGAAUGAAAGGAAAAGAAAGGACACUCGACAAAAGGUGUGGCACCUUGCCCUAUGUUGCGCCAGAAGUUCUAGUCCGGCCGUACCAUGCUGAGCCUGCCGAUCUUUGGUCUUGUGGAAUAAUUCUAGUAGCUAUGUUGGCAGGAGAGUUGCCAUGGGAUAAGCCGACUGUCGAGUGCAAAGAGUACCUUGCGUGGAAGGACAACCAGUACACUCAACUCACACCAUGGACAAAAGUAGAUACUCUAGCUCUUUCAUUAAUAAGGAAAAUCUUGGUUCCUCUACCAGCGCAGCGACACACAGUGGAAAAAAUCAAAACACAUAGGUGGUACUGUAAGCGGUUUAUCAAGACAAGCGGUCAAAUAAGCUCACCGCUGAAAGAGGCUUAUCCAUCAAAAAGGCUGUGCUCAGGACAGUUCUCGCAAUGCAAUAGUAUAGAGGAUGAUCGCCUGUGUCAAUCGCAACCAGAGAUGUUCUUGUACAAUCCUGAUCCUAUCUCAGAUGCUGAUCUCCCUAGUGAUUGCUAUGCGCAACUUUUCUCUUUCUCGCAACCUACUUCCUUCGAGGAUCUUCUCGUUUCGUCACAACUUACCCAGUCCACCCAAUCGCCUCAGAACAAUGUGCAGAAAUUGAUGCGAAGAAUGACACGGUUCUUUGUGGAGGCAACGUCAGAUGAAGCCAUAGUUCGUUUAACAGCCGUACUGGACAAAUUAGGAUAUGGUUGGCGGUCUCACGCUGUUGGAGUGGUGACAGUCAGCACGGUGGAUCGUAGGAAAACGCAACUGGUAUUCAAGGCAAACGUUUUAUCCAUGAACGGUCAGACGCUCUUAGACUUCCGUUUGUCCAAAGGCUGCGGUAUUGAGUUCAAGAGAAGGUUCAUUCUCAUCAGGUCUAGUCUCAGCGAUAUUGUGUCCAAAGGCCCAGUUACUUGGCCCUUGGCUGUUGCGACUAACUCAGUGCCUUAGUCUUGCAAAGAUAUCAAAUUGUGGGAAUGAACCCCUGAACAGGGUAUAAACGGAAGUACUGAAAGAUAUGAUUUCUUUUCCAAAUGCCUCAUAGAGUACAUUGACCAUAUUGUAAACUUCUAAGAUCAGCUACAAUGGGCAAACUCAGUGUCUGUGGUUAAAAUUAGUAUCGCUUGUUUAGUUUUUCUGCUUGUGAGAAUAAUCUGUGAUCUAGCUUGCAGGAAAAAUUAUUCAUCGUGGUCCAUAUUGACAUUAGUUUGGCACCCAAUUUGACUUAUAUAGUUUCUGGGUUUGUUUAGAGCAAGUCAAUUGAAUCAAUAAACACACCAAAUGCCACCUUCUCACCGAUGUGUUGAUUUUGGAAUUGUUCAAUGUGCCCAUUGUGUUCUAGCCGAAGACUGAUGUUAGAAACGCUGUUGUUCUUACGGUCUGCUCUACCCUGUCCAGUGGUUUAUUGCUUUUUUCAAUGAUUAUGGCAAGUGCUCUUCUAAGUGAAAGGUUUUUUCCUAGUGCUGUGAUAGUUUUCAUUAAUUUAUAUUAAGCUGAAUUUUUCUUUUGAUACUUUUAAUUUAGUUUGCUACCCAGGAAGUCUGGCAUUAGGGAUUUUCAGAGAGUUCUAUGUCUUCUAUUUUAUAGAAAAGAGGUGAAGGUAUUUCAAAGUCUCAGCUUCAAUUAGUCAAGGGAGGGAAACCAUUUAUGGUCCUCAACUUUUUUUUCCCCCUAAUGUAGAGGAGGUAGACUUUUUCCUCCACUAUCUUUUUUUUGUUGCAUACUGGCAGCAUUGAGGUAAAAGUGUUUUCCUAGUUCUUUUCAAAAAAUCAAAAAUUUUCGGCAAAUUGCCGUUAGGAUGCAUUUCACCCUGUUGGCUGAAUGUAGGGAACUUAAUGUCGAUUUUCAAUGUGGCAACUUUUCCAGCGUACUAUUUUUAAUGUAUGAAUCUGAGCAACAUUAUUCUUCUUCUAUCGCAAAAAGGAUACUCUGUGAAAGUCCCCAGAAAUUAAAUUAUUUUUUUUUCCGUUAGAAUAUUUUGAUGUUCCGUAAUCGGCAUAAGUGUUUUCCAAGUUUAGUAACUGACUUCUUUGAAUAUUGUUUCUUGUUUUUUGCUCAAUAUCUUGCUUUUUUCAGAAUUAUUAUUACCUCUUCCAGGGAAAUUACGAAAUUUCAGGGAAUUUUAUUAAGUCAGUAAAAAACUGCGAGCUGUCAGGGAAAAUUUGUUUAAUCGCCUUUAUUUGCUCUCUUGAAUGUGUUUGAUGUUUCGAACAACAAAUUUUGUGUGUUCAGGUUUGAAAGUGGUGACUUUUAAUCAUAAUGCACAUCAUCUAAUGUUUGGGAGUAUUACCUAAAAUCUGACAGGCAUUUCAUUUUCUGCAUUUUGCGGCAACCCUGUUUUUUCCAUUUUUCCUUUUGCCCAUUUUCUUUUGAGUAUUUUUUGAUAGGGAAUAAAGAGCCUCUUGAUUUUCUAUCCUAAGUUUCAGCAUACUAAAAGCUUUUUCAGGAAAUAGACCAUUAAUCAAGAACUAAAUGUCAUCUAUCCGUACUAUUCUUUCUUUUAUAUGUGAUUGAAUGAUAGAUAGGCUGAAUAGUUUUAAUUAUUUGAUUUGAGGAUUUUUUCUAAGGGGAUGUAGCAAUGUCACUGGUAACAAGGUGGGAAUUCUCAGAUGUUGGUAGAUAAACUGCCAAAAAGUUGCCUUUAAACUUCUACAUCUGAAUUACCCUCAUGAAAUUUGAGUCCAUCUGUUUUCUAUUCAUCAUCAAUACUAGGUUUUCCACUUUGUUACAAAGACAUUGUCUUAUUCUCUUGUUAUGUUCCUGUGAUCGACCAAAUGAAUAAUCUCAUUUCCUCUCUUCUUUCAUCCAUGUUGUUUAGCUGCGCUCAUUAUCCUGCAUUUUUUUCUUAUUUAAUUGCCAUUGAGGCUCCAAAAUAUGAAUCCAUACCUUUACGCUGUAAUCCCUAAGGUUUCAAAUUGGUAUGUAGGGUUUUGCUCUUUCAUUUAAUAAGUAAGCAUUUUCAAGGUCCGAAGACUUCCGGAGUUAGUUUCUUGUGUUGUAGUUUUCAAAAGGUAUGACUCAUUGGACUGACCGUUGAUGAAAUCUUAGAAAAAUCACUUUUCUUCUAAAUUCAAUGACACUAAAUCUAAACUGACAACUGUUCAAUACAAAUGAAAAACCUCCAAAUCAAACUUUAACACAUGAAAUAGAAGUUUUGCUAUUUAAGACUAAAAUUAAAUGUUUUUGAAACCAAUACAGUAAAUCGGUAAAUUUAAAGUUCAACUUAAUUUUGGUAAAUUUGAACUUGCAUCUAAUGAGAGCACUUUUCUGUUACAUCUCAGAAUCUCCACCAAAAAUCCUAUUUUUCCCCCUCCUUUUUUUUUAUCAUAAGUGAACUACUAAAUCAUGAAACUCAAGAUAUAUCCUGAAGAUAUGUACUGAUAAACUGUGAAGAAUAUUCAGUUCAUGUAAGCAACUUUUUUUCUAGUUAAGAGUGAAACUAAAGGGAAAAAUCUGAAAAGCUAAGACUGAGAAGUUCCCUCUUCGUAUUCAAGUCAUCAAUUAUGGCUCGAUUUUGUUGCUAAGAAAAUUUAAGUUUUUAAUAUUUUAAUUCAUUCUUGUAAUUUUACGAUCUUUUCCCACUAACUUUAAUGUUUUCAUGUUUUUAUUUGCUCUUGUAAAAGUGUUUAAGGCCUCUCAGAGCCGUUAAUAGGUAUACUAUUUGUUUUUAAUCGCUAAUUUUCAUGUUUAUAACUUUUUUAAUGAAUUUCUUAAAACAUUUUUUAACAUUUUUACAACUUUUCGAUUCCAACCAUGAUUAGCAUAGUUCUUUUUAUUAAGGACCUUAUUAGAGUUACACAAUUUUCUGUAGUACUCCUCCCACUUUAAAUUUAUCUAGUAGGAUUACAAUUCCGUAGAAGAAUGUCAAAAAGUGUCAGUCAAUGACAUUUUGAUUAAUUUUCUGUUUGUAGAAAUUUAUGUAAGCUUUAUCUUUUAUGUUUUUUUUAAUUCUUGGUUUUUAAUUCUGUGAGAAUUAAUUCCAUACAGAGAAAAGAUUUAUUCUUGUACCUGAUCGAUUUUUGUAAAUACUCUGUAAAUUUAAGAUUUUAAUGAAAUUAACUGGGGAUAGCCAGCACUACUGGUUCUUCUUUUUUCAGUAAAGAAUCAUUUCUGUUGAGCAUUUUUAAA